AUGGCGACAUCUAUUCCCGAGUCAUUCAAAGCCAUCGCAGAUACUUGGGCACCUCACCUGGUCGCCAAUGUGAACGGACAGCACAUCAAGAUUGCCAAGAUUGACGGUUCAUUCGUCUUUCACUCGCACCCCGACUCUGACGAACUCUUUUACGUCUUAUCAGGCCGCCUCACCAUCAAGUUUGAGGAGGGCUGUGAAGCCAUCACCAUGGAGGCUGGCGACAUGCUCCUCGACACAUACCACCUCGUCAAGGCUGUUUCCACCGUCGUCAAGGCUGUUUCCACCGUCGUCAAGGCUGUUUCCACCAACCCAGGCGCGACGGCAUGA